UAGUCUUGUGGUAAAUAAUUAAUCCGUGCAAGUUAAAACAGAAAAUUUUUUUUUUUAAGUUUGUCACGGUAAUUUUUAAUCAAAAUCUGAAAAGUUACUUCCUGUCUGGAAUGGCGUUCCUUCUCUGAUAACGUCAGUUUGACAGCUUGGUUUGAAAAUGCGUAAACCACUCCCCUGCAACCGUUCGCCUGCUAUGACCAAGAUAUGGAGAGGAGGAGCCUAAAGUAAAACUCUGCCCCCUAUUCAAUAUUCUGUUUCACUUGGAAAUACGUCACAACACUGGAGAAAAGUCAUUUGCAACUUCCGGUUCAUGCAGACUUUAAUGGGAAAACGAGCCAUUAUUAUCUUGAUAUCGUCAAAGGCAUCAGCCCUCGGUGAUAUGUCUGACCAUCAUUGAUACACAAUACUAUCGUCUACCAGCACAACCCUACCCCCUUGGACUUUUGUUUUAUUCUGCCCUUCUCCAGGUCCUCAACCUCCUUCAUAGGACACAUAGGAAGGCAAGCUCAGAGAAUGCUGGUACUGUUUGUUUGAACAGUGAUGACUGGUUGGUGUUCAGCAUUAAUUAAAUGUCUUUAAACUUUAAGUUCAUGUUCAAGUUCACGUUUAUUUAUAAAGCACAUUUAAAAACAACGUGUGUUGUACCGAAGUGCUGUACAAUUUACCCCAGAAGUAUAAAAGAUAAUAAAACUAAUACAUAAAAUAAAAUAUAAAACAUGCAAGAUAGACCAUAAACCACUCGAAAUGCCUUUAGGCUAUAUUUAAAAGUGUCCAAUGUGGGUGAAGACCUCACGCCAACUGGAAGUGCAGAAAAGUCAGAUAAAGUCAGAAAAGUAUAGUCGCACAAUGUGCUUAAGCAAAAAACAGACAAUUAUAGUAUGUAAUAUCUUUAUUGAACACAUCUCAUUAAAAAUUCACAGUACUACAGAAAAUGUGACUACUUUGUUGUUGUUACAUGUGAGAAUUCACAGCAGAGGGAGAAAUGAGAGAAGUAUAGAAAUUUGCAUGGAACAUCUGUUUUCUUGUCCCACAUUGAUGGUCCGUGAUAGUGUCAGUUAUGGUAGUGAAAUGUAGUGUAAUGCUUGAAUAAUCUCGAAUGAAGAGUGUGCUCCAAGUGAUCUGUGCUCAGUACUGCAACACACAACAGUUUGGAAGAGUUGUUGAAUAAACAAUUGAACUGAUCAGUUAUGCCUUCCUAUCUGUUUGCUAACAGUUUUAUUUAUGACUUAGAUAGCAUUGACUUGGAAUGAAGUCAGUUCAAUAUAAAAAUGAAAUUUAAAAAAUAGCUUAAAUGUAGUAAACUACUUUUGCCAUGGUGCAGUAGCUACAUUUCCCAGCUUCAGUGUAGUGAAUCUUUAUUUAAUGAAUCUCAGUGGCAUUGGAAGCUUUGGGGAAUCUGUUAUUUAUCCUUUAUCUUCUCAUUUGAAUAUGUUUUCUGUGUGUGAAUUUCUAUUUCGUGUGAACGGGACUUUUAUUUUGGUGCGUUGACAUGACGUCAUAAGGCUGCGCCGCUCUCCUGCAUCUGUGAUUCUGCUGAAGAAAGAGUGUCCAAACACACAGAGAAACUCCUGGUGAAGCGACUGAGAUCCACAUGACACACUAUUAUAAAGAUGGAGUUUAUUAAAGAGGAGAGUGAAGACGUGAAGAUUGAAGAAACAUUCAGAGUCAAACAUGAAGAAACUGAGGAACAAACAGACCUGAUGGUGCUGAAAGAGGAGAGUCAAGAACUGAAUGAAAUGGAGGAGAAAAAUCAGUAUGAUAAAUGUCAUGAUUUCAUGACUGGAGAGAAAUCUGUUAGUUCCUCACAGACUCAUACAACAGAAACUAGAAACCCCCAGAUGAGAGUUCACACUGGAGAGAGCCAUUUCACCUGCCAACAGUGUGGAAAGAGUUUCAGUCGAAAAGAAAGACUUAAAGUCCACUUGAAAAUCCACAGUAGCAACAAGCCAUUCAUAUGCCCUCAGUGUGGGAAUAGAUUUACAGAGAAAAAAAACCUUAAAUCCCACUUGAGAGUUCACACUGGAGAGAAGCCUUACACCUGCCAACAGUGUGGAAAGAGUUUCUCACUAAAGGGAUAUCUUAAGAUUCACAUGAGAAUUCACACUGGAGAAAAGCCGUUCAUAUGCUCUCAGUGUGGAAAGAGUUUUAAACAGAAAAAAGAACUUAAAGCCCACUUGAGAGUUCACACUGGAGAAAAGCCUUACACCUGCAAACUGUGUGGGAAGAGCUUCACACGAAAAGAGACUUUUAAGACUCACAUGACAGUUCACACUGGAGAGAAGCCAUUAGUUUGUGAUCAGUGUGGAAAGAGUUUCAGGUAUAAAGAAAGCCUUAAUCAUCAUAUUAGGAUUCAUUCAGGAGAGAAAUGUUUUAUAUGUCAUCAGUGUGGAAUGAGUUUCACAGACAGGAAUCAACUUAAGAGUCAUGUAAAAAUUCACAUUGUAGAGAAGCCUUGCAUGUGUCAUCACUGUGGAAAGAGUUUCACAAACACAGCAAACCUUGAGAAUCACAUGAGAAUUCACACUGGAGAGAAGCCUUUCACCUGCCCUCAGUGUGGAAAGAGCUUCUCGGUUAAAGGAAACCUUGAGAAUCACAUGAGAGUUCACACUGGAGAGAAGCCUUACACCUGCCCUCAGUGUGGAAAGAGCUUCACGGUUAAAGGAAACCUUAAGAUUCACAUGAGAGUUCACACUGGAGAGAAGCCUUACAAGUGUCUCCAGUGUGGAUUUAGUUUCGCAUAUCACACAGAACUGAAAAGGCAUUUUCAAACUCAUUGUGGAAUGAGUUUGGCAGACAGGAAUCAACUUAAGAUUCAUGUAAAACGAAACACUGAAGAGAAGCCUUGCGUGUGCCAUCACUGUGGAAAGAGUUUCACAAGCACACCAAACCUUGAGAAUCACAUGAGAAUUCACACUGGAGAGAAGCCUUUCACCUGCCCUCAGUGUGGAAAGAGCUGCAGGACGAAAGGAAACCUUAAGAUUCACAUGAGAGUUCACACUGGAGAGAAGCCUUACAAGUGUCCUCAGUGUGACAUGAGUUUCACAUAUCACACGGAACUGAAAAGGCAUUUUCAAACUCAUUAUGAAAAGCAACUGUCGUUCUCCUCAGUGUGACGAGGUUUAGAAAAGGAAAAAAAAUCUUCUGUGCAUCCACUCUGGAGAAAGACUAUUCAAUUAACUUGUGAUCCGUCUAACAAAAAGUCAGAUAUAUAUUUGGCCUAUAAAUGUACUCAAUCUUUAGUUCGAUAUAUACUGAAAAGUAAAAAUAAGUAUUCUAUGUAUACUUGGCUUGUAGUUGUGUUUACACUUUUGAUUGAGUAGCCUUUUAUAUACAUUUUUAUAUAGUUUAAAUCACUGUCUUAUUGUCAUGGCAAAUUCAAUGUCUCUGUGUCCCUUCAGUUCUGGUCUUAAAGAAAAACUCAGAGUCGAAGUUCCAGGUCUCAGAAGUAUUUAACUUUAUUGUCAAGCAACAAAGUGAGAUGCCUGCUCCACAUCUGAAUCUCUCUUCGCUGGGGUACAUUUUUAUACAUUUUUGUUAUCUGUUACAGUGUGAAAUCCACUCCUACAGUUAUUUUCCAUGAUCUCAUUUACAGGGGCUCUCCUCCCAUACCUCUUUCCCAUGUACUCCCCGACCUUUCUACCAUAGUCAUUUCUCUAAUAUAAUUGUAGGUGUUGCUUAUGUAAGAGACAAUAAGGGUGACCAACGUCUAGCUACUGUACAUCUUUUGACUUAAAUUCUCUUGGGCCUUCUGCCAAUUUGAUGGUCAACCCUUUUCCCAUGGGCCAAAUGAAACAUUGUGUCAAAAUCUGUCAAUACACCCCAGAGGCGAGAAGCCUUCAUAUGACACACUUAACAAUGGUCUUAUUCAUUUCUCAGCCACCUGUUGUCUGGUGGAAAAUUACCAACAAAAUAUGCUCAGUGGCCAAGUUAACUUUCUCAGACACAUCGGACCCUUACAGUUACAUAGGCCAAGAGACCUCAAAACAAUUCUAGCUUUUAUAGUAAGCAAACUAAUUCUACAAUUGUUUUCUAUAGGAUGUAUAAAAUACUCCAUCAUUAUAAACUUAAAUUGUUUGGAAAUAAAUUACUGACUGUUCACAUUGUGUAUCGCAACUGAUCCGAUUUGUGUGUCCAUGCCACUCUUUUAUUCUCCAGAAUAUUUACAUUGGUUUCUAUGGCAAUGUUGUUGCAUUGGUAGGUAAAUGCCAAAAACAACAUAACCACCAACAUAAACACCAGCACUUUGCUACAGCACAAUGUUAUUUCUGCAGCAACUCUCAGCAUGUUUCCAAAACAACAUCUGGUGUUUACAGUGAGCACAGAAUUUUUAGGUACGGAAGCGUUAAACAGCCAUGGAUUAUCAUUUUUUUCUAUCUUGUUUCCUCAUGAUCAUGACUUAUUUUCUCAUUACCUCGAGAUAACAAAAGUUGUUUUAUUGUCAUCUCGAUUGAUCAUGAUUGAUUCUGAAACAGACUGUACCCAAAUUCUACUGUUGCUAUAGUAACGAACACAACUUUCAAGCGCAUGUGAUCAACAGAUAAAUCAUGCGCUCUUAUAUCUUGUGUAUAUUUCAGCAAAAUGUUUACAUCACUUAAUAAUAGGCUAAUCAAUCACUGUUCAAUAAAUGUACGCUAAGCAUUUUAUUCGUGUAAUUAACAUGUUUAAUGAUCAACAGAGAAUUCAACAUCUCAAGCGUAGGCAGAGUGCCUUCAGAAAGAUGCCAGAUUAUUCUAUAAUUCUAAAAACUUUUGGAUUAAAGCCACUUUAUUUUCCUCAUUUGUUUGAAAUAAAAUUAUAUUACAUGA